CCGAUAUAGUACGAAGAUGGCGGCGGCCUUUGACGUUGAGUUAGAGUUGGAUAACCAAGACUAUUAUUCUCUUCUCAACGUCAGAAAAGAGGCCACUCAGGAUGAGUUGAAGGCCUCUUAUAGAAGGUUGUGUAUGCUCUACCACCCAGACAAGCACAGAGACCCAGAGCUGAAGAGCCAGGCAGAGCAGCUAUUUAACCAGGUGCACCAGGCCUAUGAGGUGUUGAGUGACCCUCAGUCCAGAGCCAUCUAUGACAUCUUUGGGAAGAAAGGCCUGGAGGUGGAGGGCUGGGAGAUUGUGGAGAGGAAGAGGACCCCAGCAGAGAUCCGUGAGGAGUAUGAACGGCUUCAGAGAGAGAGAGAGGAGAGGAGGCUACAGCAGAGGACCAACCCCAAGGGUACCAUCAGUGUGGGAGUAGAUGCCACAGACCUGUUUGAUCGUUAUGAGGAGGACUUUGAUGAGAUGCCUGGAGGAGGAUUCCCUCACAUCGAGAUCAACAGGAUGCACAUCUCCCAGUCUAUAGAGGCUCCGUUGACGAACACGGACACUGCAGUGUUGUCUGGCUCUCUCUCCACACACAAUGGCAACGGAGGAGGCAACAUCAACAUGACUGUCCGCCGCGUCACGUCUGCCAAGGGCUGGGGAGAGUUGGAGUGUGGUGCUGGGGACAUACUGGGACCUCUGUUUGGGAUGAAGGUGUUUCGUAACCUGACUCCACGAUGUUUCCUGACGGCUCAGUGUGGUAUGCAGUUCUCUCCCCGUGGCGUGCGUUCCAGCUGUUCGUUAAUGACAGCGCGUCACCUAGACCAGAACACUAUUGGUUACCUGCAGUGGCGAUGGGGACCGCACAGCGCUAUGACCACUAGCGUGGUCCGAGACACCAAGACCAGCCACUUUACCCUGGCCCUGCAGCUGGGUGUCCCUCAGUCCUACCUGAUGAUGAGUUACCAGCACAAGUUCCAGGAUGAGGACCAGACCAAGAUCAAGGGAUCGAUCAAGACUGGUUGGUUUGGUACAGUGGUGGAGUAUGGAGCAGAGAGGAAGAUCAGUCGUCACAGUGUCCUGGCUGCUACUGUCAGCAUCGGAGUCCCACAGGGAGUCACCCUCAAAAUCAGGUUGGCUCGUGCCAAUCAGACCUACCUGUUCCCAGUCCACCUGACAGACCAGCUGCUGCCCAGUGCAGUGUUCUACGCCACCGUGGGACCUCUACUGGUCUACAUGGCCAUACACAGACUGGUCGUUAUACCUUACACACGCUCCCAGAAACAACAAGAACUGGAGCUACAGAGGAAGAGCUCAGAAGUAGACAUGGUCAAGAAGAAACAAGAGGCAGAGUCAGCCGUUCAGCUGAUGCAGGAGUCUGUGAGGAGAAUCAUCGAGGGAGAGGAGUCUAAGAUGGGUCUGAUCAUCCUGAAUGCGUGGUAUGGGAAGUUUGUGACAGACAACAGCACGCGCCAGGAGAGAGCUCAGGUUAUAGACGUGACUGUCCCUCUGCAGUGCCUAGUCAAGGACUCCAAACUCAUACUCACUGAGGCCUCCAAGGCAGGGUUGCCAGGUUUCUAUGACCCGUGUGUAGGAGAGGAUAAGAGUCUGAAGCUGCUGUAUCAGUUCAGGGGGGUGAUGCACCAAGUCCUCUCAGCAGACACUGAAGCCCUACGGAUACCCAAGCAGUCUCACAGAAUGGACGCUGAGGCGUAGGAAUCCUCUGUUAUGGGAGCAACAAAGGACACAUGGAAACACAGACAGACAUUGACAGAAGGACUGACAAACGGAGGGAGAGAGACAAACAGACAGCGUGAAAAGAAAUGCUGUCUCUCUUUCUCUUCCACCAUUACAUUUAUGAAUUUAGACAUGAGUUUCUUCUCUCCUCUCCAUCCCGGUGGUGGUGGAUGUGGGCCGUCCUCACCCCCCCUCCCUCUAAACCCACUAGAUACAUCUCUUUUAGCCAGUGUAGUUUCCACUGUGUACGUGUGUCAUCUCCCCAGAAAGGUGCAAUAUGACUCCUGGUGUACAUAUCAGGGAAGUCUACUACAGUAAACAUUGCACCACUAAUGUUAUACCACUGUACUAUACUAGCUGUAAUAAGGUUGUACACCACUAACCCAUGCUAACGUUAUGGUUAGAACAGAACUAUGCAUGAAAACGUGUUCAUCAGUACCACCAUUAUGAGACCCAGCACCACCUGCCUGUUGGCAUGGCAACAUGAAGGCUAAAAGAAGGUCUAAAAAUGAUUUUCUUUUUUUUGUGUUAGUUUUCUUGUUUUGUCAUUUCUGUAUGUAUAUUAUUAUGCCUUGGAAGCAAUUUGUCUGCUGCUGAUGUUGUGUGGGGCAGGGUCCCAAUUAUAGGUGUGCCAGGCAUUCUAAGAACACAUAAGGGCACAUCCAUAAGGGUUGAACAUAUGAAAAUAUUAACACUAGUCUAUUUCUAAUUACCCCCAAGAGCCAGUGUGUGAUUGGAGCCCUGGUAGGCUUGGUUGAGUUGGUAUGAUUGAGAUGGAUGAUGAGGAGGCACUGCCUGAGACACAGUGAAGAGUAUAGAGAAAGUCCAAUGAUGUCAUUCAUAUAUACAUCAUGGUGUAUACAUAUAUAUUAUUUAUAUUAUAUUUAUGAGAAAGCCUCUGUGAGAGUACGUUUGCUGCUAAAGCAUCUAUGUACAGUACAUACAUCUAUCUUUGUAUGUGCGGUCACUGUCGAUGGAAACAGGCAAGUGGGAUGCAGUGGGACUAUUGUACUGUUUAAGAUUUUUUUAUGUAUAAAUGUAUUUGUUAAACCUUGGUCAUAUCAGAUCAUCAACAUUAUUAUGAUAGCGAUGAUGAUGAAGAGAAUGAUCAUUUAUUAGAAAGUCAGUCCAUCCUUUAUGUGCCAUACCUUCAGUUCCCAUGGCAAUAUUGUUUGUCCCUGUUGUCUUCGAUUUAUAUUUAGUUUUUAUAGCUGUGAGUAAUAUCCUGUAAUACUAUAGAUAGAGCAAACAGACACAGUUCUACUUAACAUUGACUAAUUAUUGAGACAGUGUUGGUCCUUUCUGUCUCGGCAGCAUACUGUAUAGGUUCUAAUGAGGAUGAGGGACACGUUUGAAGACUCAUCAGUGAAUGUACUGUCUGCAUUUUUGUCCAUGUAUAGGCAAAGGUUCAAAUAGGUUUUGUCAGUGGUGGAAACUGGAGUUAUAUACUUUUCAACACAGUUCUGUUCCAUUCCCACUGUAUGCUGUCCCAUGUACUACGGGUGCUGAAACCACCCAAUGGAACCCCAUGUACAGGGGUGUAUUCACUAGGAAGCAAACAGAACAAAACGGGGAGGGACCUACCUGAAUUUAUCCAAUAGAAACUCUUGUUUUUAUUGCAAACCGUUUUCAGUUUGGACUAAUGACUACACCCCAGGCCUGUAGUCAGAACACAGGAUAUUUUCUAUGUGAUGUAUUUGAGAAGAAAGCGACCCAGGCUCAGAUGUUUUGGUGCUGGAGCGGAGUCCGUUUGGUACGUAAGGUUAUCGGGUUGUUUGCUACUGUACUUGUCCGUCUCCUCUUACCAGUUAAGAUUUAGUGAACCUUGUUUACCGACUCAAACAUCCAACACACUUUACAGAAUGAGGCAAGAACGAGCUAACGUUCACCCCACUUUUCGAAACACGUUUCCUCAAUUUAGGAUGUUUGCUCAUGUCCCCUACGCAUGCUGUUAGCGUCCAUGUUAAAGUCACCCACUCCACUAGUUCCUAUUCUUUAAGCUACUCUGAGGCCAACACAGACUGCUCUCCACUCUUACAUUCCUGCCCUGGCUGAUACAAACUCUGCUGUAUAAAAAUGAUGUCUGGAGCUAGUGGACUAUGUAGUCGUGAAGAUAUUACAAUAAAUAAAGAGGAGCCACUGACUUAUACACUGUCUUUUUUCUAAAAAGA